CACACAUUUUCAUAUGAAAUGUUCUGUUUUGGUGAGAAAGCCCAUGGAUUAUAAAUUUCAGUCUUUCUAUUUGCACAAAGUAGAAGACUUUCUCAGAAGCAGAUUAUCAGUGUUGGAUGUGAAGAUGGGACACACUUUGCUCUGUCUACGGGGUUUUUUCUUUCUGUAUUUACUUUACCGUGGACAAGCUCAAGAUGCUGUACUGACCAUUGAGCCAAACUGGACUACUUUUUUUACCGGAGAGUCUGUUACCUUCAAGUGUGACUUUACAGGAGACAAAGACAGCGACUGGUUUUACUCAAUCUACAGGAAUGAUCAAGAAUGGCUUCAUUACAACAAACAUGAGAGCUAUGAAUUACAUUCUCUAACUCCAGGCUACAGUGGUACAUACCAAUGUUGUUUUGAUCAGAAGGGCUCAAGAAAGGAAAGCAAUAAAAUCUAUCUAAAUGUAUCAGACAGACCUAAGCCUGUCCUCACUGUGUCUCCAUCAUGGCCGAGUCCUGGAGCCUCAGUAACUCUGAACUGCAGGGUUGAUCAUCCUUCUGCUGGCUGGAGCUUCUACUGGUAUAAGGCUGUUCCCCAAAAGUCAGACCACUUCUACAACUCCUACAACUCCUACAGCUAUGAGCUGCUACCUGGCAGCGAGAAUGGGACUGAACAGCAUCUCUUCAUCAUUGAUGGACAAACACACACAGCAGGAUAUGUGUGCAGAGCAGGAAGAGAGGAUCGAGUGUAUUACAGUUGGCAUAGUGAACCUAAGUUUGUCUGGUCUGGAGAUUUGAAUUCAGCAGCGUCUCUCACAGUGAGUCCUGACAGUGUGCAGCACUUCACCAAAACGUCUGUGUCACUGAGCUGUGAGGGAAACUCCACUGAGUGGAGAGUGAGGAGGUUUACGAAAUCUGACAACCUUUAUCAAUGUUCUUCCUGGGGGAAAAUGACUGGAUCCACAUGCACAAUAACCAGCAGCUGGGUUAGUGGAGUGUUCUGGUGUGAGUCUGAAACAGGACAGUUCAGUAAUGCAGUCAACAUCACUAAAUAUGACAGACCUGAGGCUGUCCUCACUGUGUCUCCAUCAUGGCCGAGUCCUGGAGCCUCAGUAACUCUGAACUGCAGGCUUGAUCAUCCGUCUGCUGGCUGGAGCUUCUACUGGUAUAAGGCUGUUCCCAAACUGCCAGACCACUCCUACAACUCCUACAGCUAUGAGCUGCUACCUGGCAGCGAGAAUGGGACUGAACAGCAUCUCUUCAUCAUUGAUGGACAAACACACACAGCAGGAUAUGUGUGCAGAGCAGGAAGAGAGGAUCCAGUGUUUUACAGUUGGCAGAGUAAACCUAAGUUUGUCUGGUCUGGAGAUUUGAAUUCAGCAGCGUCUCUCACAGUGAGUCCUGACAGUGUGCAGCACUUCCCCACAACGUCUGUGUCACUGAGCUGUGAGGGAAACUCCACAGAGUGGAGAGUGAGGACGUUUACGAAAUCAUACCUUUAUCCCUGUUCUUCCUCGGGGAAAAUGACUGGAUCCACAUGCACAAUAACCAGCAGCUGGGUUAGUGGAGUGUUCUGGUGUGAGUCUGAAACAGGACAGUUCAGUAAUGCAGUCAACAUCACCAUAGAUGAUGAUGAAAUGAUCCUGGUGAGUCCUGUCCGUCCUGUGGCUGAGGGACGUUCUGUCACUCUUAGCUGCAAGUUCAAGACAGGAUCUGUUCUUUAUAAUGUGGAUUUCUAUAAAGAUGACAAACUCAUCCAGAACGAUACCAGGAAGGAGCUGAACAUCUCUGCAGUGUCAAAGUCAGACGAAGGCUUUUAUAAAUGUAAACAGAGAGAUUCAGCAGAUGGUAGGACGUCACCAGAGAGUUGGUUCUCAGUCAAAUCAGCGUCCAGGCCUGGAAAAGCCUCUCAAUUUCCCAUUCUUCUGAUCGUUGGGCUGCUUGGUGGAGUUGUACUGAUUAUUCUCCUGCUGCUGUUCCUGCAUUUAUACAGAAAGUCAAAAGAUUCAUGCUGUAUCAGAUCUCAGAGGACCAAUCAGAGCACUGCUAGAGACCACAUGAUCAACCAGGACGAAACUAACCAAAGGGAAUAUGCUUCCGUUCUUCAGGAUAAUGCCUGUCUCUAUGAAACAAUCAAAGGCCCUGAAGGACCUGCAAAUGAUGAAUCCAGGGAUGCGACAUAUUCUGUGCUCGAGCUCAAAAAAAUGUCUAAGAAGGGGGGGGGAAAUGAACCGGAGGAUUGUGUUUACUCACAUGUGCAGAUGGCAUCAGCUGCAGAUUUGAAUUCAGCAGCGUCUCUCAUAGUGAGUCCUGACAGUGGGCAGCACGUCACCAAAACGUCUGUGUCACUGAGCUGUGAGGGAAACUCCACUGAUAAUCCAUCAUAACAUUUAUGUCAAAAUGGAGUUUUCAUAGAGUGUAUGAGAGCUACAACCCAGCUUCCGGUUUUGGGCAUUCUGGCUACGCAUCACUCAUUCACCAAUGGGUAAUGUUUAGAUGGAUUUUAGGAACUUCCCCUCGAUUAUAUUGGCUCUAACGGUUAAAAAUAGGUGUCAAUUGUCAAAAUCGAACGAGGGGGUCCAUAGAUAUGGAAAAUGCACCCAAAUGACCCCAGAAGUGAGGUUUUUUUUCUAAAUCUCUCUAUAAAGG